AUGAAGUUCAGAAUAAUUGCACUUAAUUGUGCCAUCUUGGUCAUAUGCCUUUCCUUUUUGCCGAUGAGCAAUGGACAGGACUCAACCACAGUCGCAUCCACUGACACAACAACGACGGCGGCUGCAUCCACUGACACUACCACAGCGGCCGCAUCAACCGAUACCACCACAACAGCCGCAUCCACCGAUACCACCACCGCCGCCACCGCCACCACCACAGCCGCAUCCUCAUCCUCAUCAUGCGGUGGCAAGAAGAAGAGGAGGAAGCACAAGUGGAAGGUAGUGAGACGCCCUGGCAAGAAGAUCAUCAAGAGGCACCGCACAGGCGGCAAAAAAGGAAGUUUUGAAAAGAGUAGUAGCAGCAGUGGAAGCAGUGGUAACAGUGCAAAGAGUGGACGCAGUGGUAAGAGUGGACGCAAAGGUUCAAAGAAAUCAAGAAGAUCUGGAUAA